GUAGGCAUGUCAAGAUACGCAUGCGCAAAAAUUAACACCACGCACCAUUUUUGGAUUUUUCCCAGUUUUACAUCGUAACAAAUAACUAAAAACCAUGGCAGCAGUUCCACCGGGCAAGACGCCUAUCAGCUACUUACAGGAGUUGUGUACUAAGAGAGGUAUUACACCACAGUAUGAUCUUGUCGCUAACGAAGGGGCCGUUCAUGAACCAACUUUCAUCAUGAGGGUCACUGUUGGUGAAAUCAGCGCUAAUGGAAAAGGUUCAAGCAAGAAGAAGGCUAAGCACAAUGCAGCCCAAGCUGCCCUGAACCAGGUUCUUGGAGUACCAAAUGGACAGGCAGGAGCUGGUGGUGACGCUGUUGUCAAUAAUGUAACACCUAGUCCAGGAGCUGUGGAGGGUGAUGGAGUUGGUAACCCGGUCGGAGAACUUCAGGAACUGACGCAGAAGAAACUGAUGAAGCCCCCAAUAUAUGAAUUUACCAGUGAACAGGGACCACCACAUGCUAGAGAGUUUGUAUGCAUUGUGAAACUGGGGAAAAUCCAGGAAAAGGGCUCAGCCCGUUCUAAGAAGACAGCAAAGAGAAUCGCGGCCCAGAACAUGUUGAACCAUAUCAAGGGCCUGGUGGAGGAGGGAGGAAAUGCUGUGAUUGAGGAGGAGGAAGAAGAUGAUAUUCCCCUGAGUAUGGAACCUCUGAAAGCGUCAUAUACUUCUCUCAAGGAAGGGAAAGUCAAGGUACCAGUACUCAGCCCUAAGCAGAACAAAGAGAUUCAGAAAUUUUACCAGACUGUUAUGAAGAAAAGUUCGAAGCAGUUGAAGAACCUACAGGGAAAACCACUGAACGCUCCAGCGACCAACUAUUGCCAGAUGUUACAGGAGAUAGCCGAGGCUCAGCGCUUUGAAGUCCUCUAUACUGAUAUACCAGAACUCAGUGCUUACGGCAUGCAUCAGUGUCUGGUACAGCUAUCUACAAUGCCUGUAGCUGUGUGUCAUGGCACGGGGCCGACAGUAGAUGAGGCGCACGCAAACGCUGCCCACCAUUCUUUACAGUAUUUGAAAUUGAUGACGAAGACGUAACGUGGCCCACCAGGAGCUUGGAUAGCCUCACUUUGACAAAUAGUGCCGGAUAGGAAGUGAAUUGAUCAACUACAAUCGCAACAUUUAUGUUUUGUACUUUCUCUCAUUUUUAUUGUACUGAAUGUUUGUAUGUGAAGCUGUAUUUUUUCUUUUCAUUUUUAGAAAUUUUGUAUCUAUUCAGGUGAAUGGUAAUUUUUGAAAGGGAUCUGUAUGGAUUUGAGAAUGAACUUGCUUUAUGCAUUUUUUAUAAACAGUCAAAUUUUUUCUUCAAUAUUUAAAUGAAAUCAAAUUGUAAAUCGACAGUAAAUUUCUUUUGUAAUUUUUAAUAGAUUUACAUGUUUUAGCUGUUUUUAUAACUCCCUGUGCUUUAUUAUAGCUUUUCAAUGUUAGUUGUCAGAGUUGCCUGUGAGCAGUAGUGAACAAAUUUCAUUUUGAAAAAAAAUUUACAUGUUACUAAAUACAUUGAAUGCAUUAUUCACAAAAAUGGCUAUGUUUUACACAUACUUCUAUCACAUGUACAUUCAUAUAUUACACGUUCUUGCCCAUUUAAGGAUUUGAAUCUCUUGUAUGAGGUCAAGUCAAGUCCUAAACGUAACUUUUUACUGCAGUAUAGUGUGUAUUGAUUAUGUUGGGCUAUUUAUUUUAUAUUUAGUUUUUGCCAAUUUCAUUAUAUAUCUGGUUUUAAAAGCCAGUGCUGUAAAGCAACAGAAAUUACAUGACGUGCUGAAUUGGUGUAUCAGGAGAAUUUUGUCUUGUUAUAUUUGCACAGGCACCUGUUAAUAACACAAUAUGUAGUAUAGAAGACAUUUGGCAAAAGGAUUAGUGGAAAACCUUAUUGCUGAAUGGCCUUCCAAUGUUUUUAGCUUGGUAACCAUAGUAUUGAUAGAGCACCUAAUUAAAUCGUUGAAACAAAAGCUUUAAACCUCCACAAAAAAAUUCUGGAUCUUGAAGAAUAUUAUUUAGGCUUGCCUGGGGGGAAAAAUUGGCAAUUUUUAUUUUAAAGUCAUUGAUUUAGUUAAAUUUGAAUUUUUCAUCAUUGGUGAAUAUUUCCUGGAAUUAAAUAAAAGGGAUUUUCCGAAACUUCGAAUACGAUGUAUGUAUGAGUUUUUGUUCGUGUGAUGUUGACUAUAUAUCCUGUAAAUAUUGCUGUAUCAAUUUUAUGUGUACCAUAAUUGUAAGGAUUCUUUUUACACAUGUUCAAAUUAGGGCCGAUGUUAGAAAACCAGGCAGCGUUGUGGCUUUGCGACCAGUACUGUUCACUUUUCAGUUGCAUUCAAGUGCUGAACUUGAUAAAUAAAUAGUAUGGAUAUGCACUGAUCUGGAUCCUUUCUUGGUGGAAAGCUCUAAUGUUGGUUUUCACACAGCUGCGCUCAGAGAUUUUAUUGCAGGAAGAAACUGCUUUUCGACUUUAUUUUGAAGAAGUCAAAUUGGAGAUAUUUUUGGUAGGGGGAGGGGCUGUUUGAAACAUAUGAGUAGAAAGCAUUCUUACAUUUGUUUCCAUAUAAAUAUUACGUGUGAGUAUAGUGAACCGAAAUAGGUAAGUCUUGCCUGUCAGUUUUAUUUUGUCAUGUGCUCUAUCCAUUGUCAGCUUCUGACAAUCCAUAAAUUUGUCAUCAUUUGUUAGAUUCUGUAAUGAAAUCUGUGUUUUCAAACUUUGUUGUCAAAUUCACUGCUGACAAAACUGAUUGUGUUGUCAUUUGCCAGUCUGAUUAUAUUGUCAGCAGAAAAGGAAUGAUGAAAUAUAUCAAGAUUUCCGAAUUUACCGUACAAAACAAUCAGUUAAUUACAACAGAAGAUAACUGUUGGUAUUUGUCAGAUGUUUGUCAGCUGACAAGGAUGCAAGAGUCAUUGACAGGAAUUCCGUACUUCUCGUACGUAUAAAUUGCCCUGCAUAAUUUAUAUAGAAUGCACUGUAGUUCAAUUUCUCUUCCUAUUUGUGAAGAAGUGAGGUUAGGUUUUUUCCUGGGUGGAAAUUAGAAUUAUUAAAUUAUUGUUAGUGGUAAACUUUUUUAUAUGUUGUAUAAUGUAUUAGUGGAAUAAAUUUUGUCAUAUGGUUAAACCAUA